UCUGUGCAGCACAUUCGCCGUGAGGAGAUGGAUUUUGACUCAAUUCUCCCGCAAGUUGGCUCCUUUGGACCAUAUCAGAAAUUCAUCAUUUGCGGUGUUCUCCUUCCGGCCGUUAUCCCGUGCGCCUUUCACGCGUACAGUCAGCUCUUUAUAGCUGCACGUCCGGGGCAUUGGUGUCGUGUUCCCGAAUUAGAUCCGUGGGUGCUUGAGUAUCCGGAUGUUGUGAGGAAUUUUAGUGCUCCUCUUGAGUUUAGGGAUGGUGCUUGGAGAUUUUCCGAAUGUUUAGCUUUUAAGCGGAACUACACGGAUUUAGCGGAGAUUUGGAGAACUCAGGGGUUGAGCCAUGCCACGGAGAGCAUCAGCAAUGAUGCUGAAGUUACAAGUUGCAAAGAUGGAUGGAACUAUGAGAGGAAACUCUUCAGCAGUACCGUCAUAACGGAAUGGAACCUGGUGUGUGAGAAGGAUUCCUACGCAACGGUAGCUUUGGUCCUUUUCGGUGUUGGUGGUCUCAUUGGGAAUUAUGUUUUUGGGUACCUUCAGGACUUCUGGGGGAGACGCCCGUCCUUCUAUGCAUACCUCCUGCUGGAAAUUCUUGCUGGGAGUUUGAGUGCUCUUACAUGGAGUUAUGCUUCAUGGGUAUUCUUUAGGACACUCGUGGGUGUAACUGUUCCAGCUAUCCUUGCAAGUCCCUACGUUCUAGCAAUUGAACUUGUGGGUCCAUCGAAGAGAGUCUUCUGUACGAUUGUAUCGAAUAUAGCUUAUUCCCUGGGACUCGUAUUCCUCGCUUGCAUUGUCUACAUCUUCCGGGAUUGGAGGUAUCUCACCUUAGCUGUCUCCUUGCCACUUUUCCUCCUCUUUGGAUGCUUCGCCAUCCUUCCUGAGUCUCCACGAUGGCUCGUUGCUACGGGGAAAUUCGACGAAGCUGCGGUGAUUAUGCGAAAAAUGGCUCAGAUGAAUGGGAAAGUCCUCCCGCCAGACUAUGAGGAGUACCUGAGGAAGAAAGUUGAGGCAGCCGUGGAACAAGCUACCCCCGAGACACGAACCUAUGGCAUAAUGGAUCUCCUAAUAACGCCCAAUAUGCGCAAGAAAACACUCAUAAUCACCUUCAUCUGGUUCGCCAAUACCAGCGUCUACGUUGGACUCAGCUACUACGCCCCUGCCCUGGGUGGGAAUGAGAUUUGGAAUUUCUUCCUCGCUGGCUUGGUGGAACUUCCCACGUACAUUUUCCUCUGGCCAAGCCUCACCUUCCUGGGGCGCAGGUGGAUUCUGUGCGCAUCAAUGGUUGUGGGAGGCGUUGCAUGCCUUGCCACCUUCCUCGUACAGCAAGAACAUGUGGUCAUGCUGAUCCUCUACUGCAUUGGCAAGAUGGGAAUUUCAUCGGCAUUCGUGGUUCUCCCACUGGCUGCAUCUGAGCUGUAUCCAACUGUGGUGAGGGGCCUUGGGAUGAGUGUGAGCUCUGUUAUUGGGAUGAUUGGACCAAUUGUAAUUCCCAUCAUCAACUACACUGGCAGUAACAUGCUGGUGCUUCCUUUGAUAAUUAUGGGAACCCUUCUGUGCCUCGGUGGCUGCACGAGCCUCCUUUUGCCUGAAACUAAGGAUCAACCUCUGCCACAGACAAUAGAAGAUGGAGAAAAUGUUCCUCUUUCAUGGCCAUUUCCGCUCUUUCAGCUGCCACGGAGAAAAGACAAAGAAUCUCCAUCAGAAUCUUCCGCACCUUCCUGUGAAUCCUGAUUUAUUAAUAAUUUAUCAAAGGAUGUUUAUCUGAAUAAAAAUCGUCGGAUUUUUUAUUGAAUUGUUUUCGCUCUAAAAUCAAGAGAAGAUCCAGAAAAGGUGAAAAACAUUUUUUUUGUAAAAAAAGAUAAAAUUUGAGGGAAAAAUCAACAAUUUCCCAUUUUUCUAAUGGAUUGGGGGUGACAAUGAGUAUUUAUCUGAAUGAAAAUCUUCAGAUCUUCGCAUUAUUCGCCAAAAAUAUCGAAAGAUUUGCCAGAUAAACACCCCUUGAAAUUAAUGUAAAAAAAAAGAAAAGAAAUAAAAGAAAUUUUUCUUUCAA